CAGAGAGUAGGAUUAUAGCAGCGACAACCGCGUCAGACCCGAAGCAAAUCAUCAUUCAUCCCUUCCAGAGAGAGAGAGAGAGAGAGAGAGAGAGAGAGAGAUUUGUAUAUAGAAAAGUAAGAAAAAGGAUGAAACUUCAUUGAGAUUGGGGCAGAAGGAGGGAGAAGGAAGGGGGUGGAGGAGAAUAUCUUCGGCUUUUAAAGCAUUGGCGGCGACAGAUUCAUCUCCUUCUUCUCUGUUCAAACGCCCACUCAACUUUUUCCCUCCCUCUCUCUCACUCUCUCUCUCUCUCUCUCUCUCUCUCUCUCUCUCUCUCUCUCUGUCACGCCAUUAAGGGUUUGCUUUUUCUGCGUAGGUGAUUAUGAUGACGGGAUUUUCUUUCUGAGGGCUUGUUUUCCUGGAAAGUUCAGUGAAAAAAGUUGGGAACUUUAUGGUUGGCUUCCAAGUUUUGUCGUGAUCAAUAAAUGCUGAUUUUUGGGCUGAGAUGGGGAAAAAAUGGGUGAAAAAUCCCGGAGUUCGAGGAGCUGGGUUUUGGGAAGGAUAGUGAGGCUGAGGCAAGACAUGGGUUUGGUUUUUCUUGUCUCUCUUCGGGCAACCAUCUCCAUUAAUGGUCUCUUUCUGCUCCAGCAGAGCUGAAGAUAAGGAAGAAACCUUACCCCUUUUCUUCUCCCUCUCUCUCUCUCCCUAGUUUUGUGUAGUCGAAAAAAUAAAUUCCAAGAAAAAACAAGACUUGUUUUCUGGGUCUCCUGAUUUCUGGGUUUCCUUGUUCUGUUUUGAUUCUCCCUUGAAAAAAGGUGCAAAAAGCUCGAAGCUUUUUGGUAUAAGCAGCUUCAGAGGAAUUUUUGGUGUUUUCUUUAUAUAUUUUCUUGGCGGAGGAGAAAAAGACAAAGGAAGAUGAAGUUUAUGAAGCUAGGAUCGAAGCCUGACACAUUUCAAGCUGAUGGAAAAUGCACCAGGCAUGUUGUUUCAGAUCUUGCUACCGAUGCGACCAUAAUCGUCGGUGAAGUCAAGUUUUACCUCCACAAGUUCCCACUUCUGUCAAAGAGCAACAAGUUGCAGAAACUUGUUCACAAGGCAAUAGAUUAUGAUAACUCCGAUGAAAUCACCAUAUCAGACAUUCCCGGUGGACCAAAAGCAUUCGAGAUCUGUGCUAAGUUUUGCUACGGGAUGACGGUAAUUCUCAACGCUUACAACGUAACAGCUGCUCGUUGUGCAGCUGAGUAUCUUGAAAUGACAGAAGAUGUCGAUCGAGGCAAUCUUAUCUACAAGAUCGAGAUUUUCCUCGAGGCAGGCAUCUUCAGAAGCUGGAAAGAUUCCAUCAUUGUCCUUCAGACGACGAAAUCUCUUCUACCAUGGUCUGAAGAGUUGAAGAUUGUUGGAAGAUGCAUAGAUUCCAUCUCGGCGAAAACCUCAGUUGACCCUGAGAUGAUCACUUGGUCCUAUACUCAUAACCGGAAGUUAUCUGCUCCGGAUAAGAUUGUCGAGUACAGGGAGAAGAUGGAAAAUGUUCCGGAAGAUUGGUGGGUCGAAGACUUAUGUGAACUGGAGAUCGAUAUGUUCGAGCCGGUGAUGAGUGCUGUGAAGUGUAAAGGAAGGAUGAACAAUGGCGUUAUUGGGGAAGCUCUUAGAUAUUACAUUGCUCGGUGGCUACCGGAAUCUGUGGAGUCUGUAAUGGCGGAAUCUCGUGGAAACAAACAUCUUGUCGAGACGAUUGUUUUCUUGUUGCCUCGGCUAAAUGGCAAAAUCGACCACUGUUCUUGCAGCUUCUUGCUCAAACUUCUGAAAGUUGCAAUCUUGGUCGAAGCUGAUGACUCCGUUAAGGAAGAAUUGGUACGGAAUGUGGGUCUGAAUCUACACGAGGCUUCCGUGAAGGAUCUGCUGAUCCAUGAAGUCGAUUUAGUCCAUCGUAUCGUUGAUCUGUUCAUAACAGAUCAGAAACGUGACUCUGAAGACGAUCGAUACAAAGAGUUUGUUCUUGGAAAUGGAUUCUUGUUAUCUGUCGGAAGACUCAUAGAUGCGUAUCUGGCUGAGAUUGCUCGUGAUCCGGAUCUCGAUCUAACUAGCUUCAUGGAGUUAUCAGAGCUAAUCCCAGAAUCGGCGAGGCCAAUCCACGAUGGCCUUUACAAAGCCAUAGACACAUUCUUGAAGGAACAUCCGGAUUUGUCGAAACCCGAGAAGAAGAAGCUGUGUUUGCUAAUGGACGUGAGAAAGCUAACAACAGAGGCAUCAAUGGACGCUGCCCAGAACGAUCGUCUUCCUUUGCGUGUGGUCGUGCAAGUUCUCUACAUUGAGCAGCUCCGUUCUCACGCAGCUGCAACAGAAGCUCCAUCUUCAGACACCACCACGACGACGACGGCAACGGCAACAAUAGCAACAGCAUAUGAUCAGACAAAGAAGGUUGAGAAUAAUGUCGGAGGAGGAGGGGAAGGGGCGGGGAAGAAGCUGAGCAAGAAAUGCAGAAGCAGCAAGAGCAUGAGGAGCGGUGGGCCACAGCUGAUGUCGUCACGGUCGAGGAGGAUCUUCGAGAAGCUUUGGCCGGGAAAAGCAGAGAGCAGCAACAAGAGCUCGGAGGUUUCGUCCGGAAGUUCGCACAGUCCGACAGCUAAGUCUUCUGGUUCGUCCACUCGAUGCCGGAGACACUCGAUAUCUUGAUGAUGAUGUAAAGAGAAGGAGCCAAGUGGUUUUAGGGGUUUGGUGAUUAGAAGCGAUGGGUUGUGUUGUGUUCUCUGUUUUUCUUUUGUCUAAUUUAAUUCGAGGAUUUUUUUUUUUUUUUUUUUUUUUUGUUUUGUUUGAAGUCAUGUCUGAGAUGGUGCAUUGGUCUCUCUAUCUGUAAAGGCCCAAUUGGUUUAGUAUUGCAGUUGUCUUUUUGAAA